GUAUAUAAACACAGAAAUAUUCAGCUCAACAACAACUUACUUUUAGUAACUUUCCAAUAAAUAUUUCCAAUAACACUUUAUGUUGAAAAAUAAACCAUUGCGCUUAUAUACCAACAUAUAUUUUAGCUGCAACAUAACUCGACAACCCUGAUCUUUACAUAACGAAGAAGAAGAAGACUUGGUCCCCAUCACACCGGGAAAUAUUGCGACUUUAUUGCAUUUCGACUGAAAAAAAAUGGCCAACGCACAGACCAACAAUGCCUGCAGCAUAUGUGAUCGGGUGGGCCUGAAGCCCUUCACCCGGGAAAACGUCUUCAACUACUACAUACCGCUACACGGGCUAGUUAGCUACGGAGCCCUUUCGGUGAAUGUGAUGAACCCCCAGAUCGUGCCCCAACUCCUCCCAAAGAAAGAUCUGACAAAUGUCUUUCUCAUCUCCGCGGUGGUUGGCAGUGCCUUCUACAUUUACGGACGACCUCAUCUGAAGGACGUGAAGAACAACAAGCGCGGUGCGUACGCCCUGCUGGGUGCCACGCUCUUUAGCAUGGGAUCAGUCCUGGCCUGGGCACUGAUCAAGUCCGCCAUUCCCAAGGACAACGCCCUGCUAGCCACUCUGGCCGGAUUGGGAACUGGGGCAGCAUUUGUCAAGCUCGGCACCGACUACAUUCAGGAAGUGGACAAGCUGCAGAAGAACUAACCGGAAACUAACAACCUGGGUGGGUUGUUUGGGUGCCGACGACGAUGGCACUUGGUUCGUACUGUAAUUGCUGUCCUGGCCGUAAAUAGCUCGUAAAUGCAAUAUUAUCUCCCGCAUAUUUCAAUAAAAUUACGUAAUAAACAAUAUA